UACAGAAAUGGCCCUUGUAAAUUAAGGAGACAGUUUUAUCUGAAUGGGAUGCACAAGUCUGGUGAUGUGAUUCUUGGCGGACUGUUUGAAGUCCACUACACCUCUGUCUUUCCUGAACUGACAUUCACCUCAGAGCCAAAUCAGCUCAGCUGCCAAGGCUUUGACCCUCCAGGGUUCAGGCAUGCCAUGACCAUGGCCUUUGCUAUCUAUGAAAUCAAUAAAAACACCAAUCUGCUACCGAAUGUGACUCUGGGAUACAGUCUUUAUGACAACUGUGCCACACUUGUAACUGGAUUCAGUGCUGCGUUGUCAUUGGCAAGUGGUCGAGAGGCGAAGUUUCUGCUUCAGGAGAACUGCUUGGGGACCCCUCCAGUCCUGGGGAUUGUGGGUGAUUCCUUCUCAACAUUUUCUAUCGCCACCUCUGACGUGAUAGGCUUAUUUAAACUGCCCAUUGUGAGUUAUUUUGCCACAUGCUCCUGCCUAAGUGAUCGCCAGAGGUUUCCAUCCUUCUUUAGAACAAUCCCAAGUGAUGCUUUCCAGGUGCAUGCCAUGAUUCAGAUUCUGAAACGCUUUCGCUGGACCUGGGCAGGUCUGUUGGUCAGUGAUGAUGACUAUGGACUUCAUGUUGCCCGAUCCUUUCAAUCAGACUUGGCUGAGUCAGGUGGAGGUUGUCUGGCCUACUCUGAGAUUUUGCCUUGGGGAGAAAAUCCAACUGAGCUAAAGAGGAUUGUGGAGGUGAUGAAGAAAUCCUCAGCUCGUGUGGUCAUCGUGUUUGCACAUCAGAUCCACAUGAUUCAACUAAUGGAAGAGGUGGUAAAGCAGAAUGUGACAGGCCUGCAGUGGAUAGCAAGUGAAGCCUGGACAGCAGCUGCUGUGCUCCAGACCCCCGACCUCAUGCCAUACCUGGGUGGCACACUGGGAAUUGCUAUUCGUCGAGGAGAAAUACCAGGAAUGAGGGAUUUUCUGUUGAGAACACGUCCUGAUGUACAGGACAGCAAUAAUGAUGGAAAUAGUAUGGUGCGGCAGUUUUGGGAACACACAUUUGAGUGUAGAUUUGCUCCACCUCCAGCAGGUUGGGUGGAAGCUGGGGGAGCAGUGUGCACUGGAGAUGAAGACCUGGAGAAGGUGGAGACUGAUUUUUUGGAUGUUUCAAACCUCAGGCCAGAGUACAAUAUCUACAAGGCUGUGUAUGCUCUGGCGUAUGCCCUCGAUAACAUGCUGCGCUGUGUGCCAGGCAGAGGGCCUUUCAGCGGGCACAGCUGUGCUACACUGCAAAGACUGGAGCCAUGGCAGCUUGUACAUUAUUUGCAAAAUGUCAACUUCACCACACCAUUUGGUGAUCAAGUGUCAUUUGAUGAGAAUGGUGAUGCCUUACCAAUAUAUGAUAUCAUGAACUGGCUGUGGCUCCCUGAGGGAAGAACUGAAGUUCAGAAUGUGGGUGAGGUGAAGAGGUCGGCCUUCAAAGGUGAAGAACUCACAAUUCAUGAAGACAAAAUCUUUUGGAACUUUGAGUCCAAACAGCCACCCCAGUCAGUGUGCAGUAAGAGCUGUCCUCCAGGUACCCGCAUGGCCAGAAAAAAGGACCAGCCUGUGUGCUGUUUCGACUGUGUCCUUUGUUCUGAGGGGAAGAUCAGCAAUGAAACAGAUUCCAUGGAGUGCACCAGUUGUCCAGAGGACUUCUGGUCCAGCCCCCAGCGUGACCACUGUGUACCUAAGAAAACAGAGUUCCUCUCCUACCAUGAGCCUCUGGGUAUCUGCUUGACUGCUGCAUCACUAGUGGGUACAUGUAUCAGUGCUGUUGUCCUGGGGAUCUUCACCUAUCAUCGCAGCACACCCAUGGUACGAGCCAACAAUUCAGAACUGAGUUUCCUGCUCUUGGUGUCACUCCAACUAUGUUUCCUGUGUUCACUGCUGUUUAUCGGCCGUCCCAGACUGUGGACAUGCCAGCUGAGACAUGCAGCAUUUGGGAUCAGCUUUGUGCUUUGUGUCUCAUGCAUCCUGGUGAAAACCAUGGUGGUUCUGGCUGUGUUCAAGGCCUCCAAGCCAGGAGGUGGAGCCAGUCUGAAGUGGUUUGGUGCUGUGCAGCAGAGAGGGACAGUAAUGGCUCUUACAUCAAUCCAAGCAGCAAUCUGCACUGCUUGGCUUGUGUCUUCUUCACCAGCUCCUCAUAAAAACACUCAGUACUACAAUGAUAAGAUAGUUUAUGAGUGUGUAGUUGGGUCAACAGUUGGUUUUGCAGUGUUACUGGGCUAUAUUGGCUUAUUGGCUAUCCUCAGCUUCCUGUUGGCAUUUCUGGCAAGAAAUCUUCCAGACAACUUCAACGAGGCCAAGCUCAUUACUUUUAGUAUGCUGAUCUUCUGUGCUGUGUGGGUGGCCUUUGUCCCUGCUUAUGUCAACUCACCUGGCAAAUAUGCAGAUGCCGUGGAGGUGUUUGCCAUCCUGGCCUCCAGUUUUGGCCUCUUGGUGGCACUGUUUGGACCCAAAUGUUACAUAAUCCUGCUAAAACCAGAGAGGAACACAAAGAAAGCGAUCAUGGGUCGAGGCAGCAGCAAAUCAUAA